UUGUUGUUGCCCCUCCCACACUUACAUUACAAACAUAUAAAUUUGUCUCCCCCACCGGUCAUCCCUUCCCAUAAUUUCACAUUUGCCCUCUUUGCUGUGUGUCUCUCUCCGUCUGCUGUAUGGAAGACGAUCAUCGCAAUUCAUCUUCUUCCCUAAAGCACAAGCUCCGGUCAUCGCUCUGUCUCUCAUGUUGCUUCCCAAGUGGCCGCCGCGAAGCCUUGGAACCGGACGAGAAGCCCAGACUCAUCAGAGCCUCCUCGUCCUGGCUGCGAUCGAGAACCCAGGAGUUACCCGAAAUCAAAGAGAAGUGCCGGAAUCUCAUCUCUCGUAUCGGUAAAGGCCGGAGACACUCGGGGGAUUUUAGGUACGACCCGUUAAGCUACUCCCUCAAUUUCGAUGAGGGAAUCGAUGACACCCAGGCCGAUGAUUUUCCCCUAAGGAACUUCUCGGCGAGGUUGCCAGCGUCUCCGCCCAUGUCGACCACCAAAACAGUGCUGCCGCCUGUGGUCGUAACGAGUGAAAUCACCGCCUGCAGUUAAGUAAAGAAGACGAAUGAUUUGGGGUUUUCGAGCUCCGACUUCUUUCUUUAUUAUUUGAUUUUUCAUGUUUCCUUUGUUGCUCUUCAUUGAUGUAUGAUUAAUCUUUGCAUUGGAAGGAUUUUGUCUGUACAGAGUUCCGUUGUAAAACUCUGCUCGCCCUUGUUCUUCUUCAUGUGUCUUUAUUUUUUACUGCACUUUGUUAAUAUACGCCUGUAAGGCGCAGAAGCAUAGCAUGCGCGGUCUGGUA